AUGGAACCUUUCGGAAACGACAAAAAUAUGGGCCACUCCUGGGACUUCCUCAGCCCCCGCAAUGAAGAAGUCGACGAAUGCACCCAGACGGACUCCUCCAGGACGCAGGACGUCGACAGUGCCUCGGAUGAUCCUCGGUCAUCGGCCGGGAAUGAAUCGGCCAAUGCACAAGCAACGCCGAAAAAGGGCUGCCUCAAGGGCAGCCCCCCCGAGUCCGGCAACGAGCGCAUCUUUGUCCUCCGGAACUGCAAUCAGUGCAAGGAUUACACCGUGUCGCCCUGUGGCAGGUGCAAGUGUCCCCGCAAGACAAGCGCCUGCAUGGGGAAUUGCAAAGGCACGGACGACACUGCCGACAGCUGUCCCCUGCGCCAGAGUGCGCCGGCUGAAGCACAGCGUCGGCGCGCAGGCGGCACCUGCCCGCUCUGCCAGAGCCGCAACGGAGACGAUCAGGGCGUCGACGGGCUGUGUGGCGGACUGUGCAAGGAGUGCAACUCCAGGAUCCAUGACGCCAUGGGAAAGUACUUUUCGCAGCGUGGAGAGACGGCACCCUAUUAUCAGACACCAGCGCAGUCGCUGUAUCAGCCGUAUUCGGCCCAGGUAUUUGGGUAUCCCUCGUUUCCCUAUUCAGUCACCCCACUGCCAAUGCCCCUGCCGCCGGUGCAGCAGGCAUGGGGCUGUCGCAAGUCAAAGUCACCGCCAACAGAAUGUGAUAUGCGUCAGCCAUCGGGGAAUAACUGCGAAUGUCCGCGUCCGUCUGGACUGCGGCCGUCCCAACAGAGUGGACAACUGGCGCCACAACUGGCGCCACAACAGGCGCCACAACAGACGAUACAAGUGGCGCCACAGCAGGCGCCACAGCAGCAAGCUGGACAAUGGGUGCCGAUUAACAGCGGCCCGUCGUGGUCGCCGCAGCAGCCACAGCAGCAGGCCCAGCAGCAGGUACAGCAGAUAUUGGCUGACCCCAAUAGUGCGGCGCCACUGAACAUCAUUGUGCUGCAGGACUGUGACAAUAAUGCGCUCAUCGAUCAGCUCACCACGGCCAUCUCCCGGAGCGGGGGUCAUGGCCAGGAGCCGGGCCAGGGGCAUGCGACUCUUGGGCCUCCGCCACCAGGAUACAGCAACUACAACAGCUACAACAAUCCGCUCAGCGGAUACAUUGACUACGAGAUGGUGGACUUCAAUCGAGGCAGCCAGCAGCAGUACAAUAGGAACAUGGACUACGAUGAUGGCUACAGCAUGGACAUGGAUGGCUACAUGGAUGGGAGCCGCAGCUCAUGCGACAUGGGCUCCUGUCCAGCCAAAGCGCCUGCCCCAGGAUCCUGCGCAUGUAAAUCCCGCACCUGCACCUGUCAAUGCUGCCCCAACGAGUGUAAAACAGGCGGCGGCGGUGGCGGGAAUGGCGAGAAUAAAUGCUGCAAUUGCGAUUGCAAUUGCCCCUCCUGCGAGUGCAAGUCGAAACAGACGGAAUGUGACGCCACCUGCGGGGCUGAUUGCGCCCGAAAGUGUUGCAAAACUGAUCUGUCCGCCCUACUCAAACAGGCCCUGGAGAUCUUCAUAGGGCUCUCGGAGGAACCGAAGAAGAAGAAAAAACACCGGCCAUACUCCAGCUACAGCAAGAAGAAAGGACCCUCCAAUGCGGACUACAUUAAGAUCAAAAGAGGCAAGAACCGCCAGAGAGUGGCCUCUGGCUCCGCCACCAUGGUGCAGAAUCAGGCCAGCAAAGACGAUUUCGCACUGAGCCGUGCCACAUCGGAGUUCAACGGCCCGCACACCGCCAAUCAUACAGCCUUGCCGACUCCCGCACAGAGCACCAUGCCAUCCCCGUCGCAAACCCACACGCACACUCCACGUGAAAGUCUGCAUGAACUGGGCAGGAGUAGGUCGUCCAACUAUCUAGCCCAUGGCAGCGAGGCGGCACCUUUCUUCCUGCCCAACUGCGAGAAGAAUCGCUGCAAGCACGACUGCGUGGGCCGGUGCAGCAAGCCGCCCCACAACUGCAGCAAGGGCUGCAAAUCGCACUGCAAAGGACCCUGCCACAAGCGCGGCGGCGGAGAUGCCACCAGCAAGCGGCGUGAGCGCGACGCGGCCGUCAAGAACGCGCGCUGCUUCCAGUGCAAUGCGGGCAAGGUCGUGGACAGCGGACGGAAGUGGCAGAAGGUGGACACGGAUGACAUUCAGAAUGAAAGACCCAACACCAGCAAACCAAAUAAAUCUGCAGCGGGCUGUGCCGGUUGUAUGGGCGGCUCGGCGCGCAAGCUGGGCGGCGCUGGCAAUGUCCGGUACAAGAUCGGACUCCUCGGCCUCAGCCCCAUCGCCCAUUAUCGGCCGGGAAUGCUGCAGUUCCCAGUCAACUAUCUGCUCACCGGCGCCGAUACGCGACGGAGUCUGGUGCGCACGGCUGCCGGGGUGACGCUCCACCAGAGUCCCUACGUGGACCUAACCGAGGGCAGAAAAGUGCAGCCGCCAAAGAAAAAUCGAAAGAGAUCGAAGGAUCGCCGUCGGGCCGCAAAGAAGUGGCAGACAGUUCCAUCGCUGCCUCCGGCAAAAUAUGCAUUAUCCGGGAUCGAGAAACGUGACUGAUAAAAACCCUCACCCCACCCCCACCCCACCCCAACCCUCCCCAGCCCGAUCCCAUAAUGCAUAAUUUCCCUCAGACGCGACAGUGGCUUAUAGUUUUACACUCAAAAUUUUGAAUAUUUUCUACCCAUUUCCUUUUUGGGAUCACUCACAUUGGCAAUAAACCGGCAAAAUUCAAACUAA